ACACUCCUCAACUCUGACACCCACCACUAUGCAGUGGGUCUGCUGGCCAGGGAGAUGCGCCGUGCCUCGAGCCCCUUGUGUUCCCCGGUUGCCCUCUGCCUGCUGGGGCUGCUCACCAGGGAGAAGCCACACUGGGAGCUUCCUGCCAUGGCAUUCUUUGUGGAGGUCAUGGUCUACCUGGACGUGACUGAAUGUGGUGAAAGCAUCCUGAAGAUCUUUUCAAGGCACCUACAGAGCGAAUGCAAAGAGAGACGUCGCCUGGCACUCAGAGGCCUCGUGGUGCUCAGCCAGGAUCCUGUGAUGGCUGACAGCAUGCGGAGCCUGACACAAAGCCUCUUGGACAUACUGGGGGAUGCAGAUGGAGAGCUGGUCUGGAUGGCCCUCUCUGUAUUCAUCAAUGAAGUCCAGGACAGAGAUAUCCGAAUCUCCACCCCCACUGCCCUGCAACUGGCUGAGAUGCUCCAGCCACUCUUUGGCAAUGACAACAUCCAUGUGCAGCUGCUGUCCAUUUCCCUCUUCCAAAAGGUGAUGGAGUUGGGAGUGGAAGGGGGAAAACAACCCCUGAAGACACAUGUGAUCCAGAGCCUGCUCCCACUCUUCUUCUACUGGCAUGAUGAGAACCAGCAUGUGGCAGAGGCCUCUGGGGAAGUGCUGAUACGUGCACUCAGGUUCCUGAAGAGAAGGGAUCUAGAGCAGUUGGUCAAGAAGAAGCAACCGUGGAGGUUCGGCCAGCGCCUGCUGGAAAAGGACAAGAGAAGAGUGGCUGAGUACCUGCGCCAGGCCCUCCCAUACCUGGAGAGCCCACAGGAGCCCGUGAGAGAGGCGGCCGUCAAGUUCAUUGGGAUCGCCGGAAGGUACCUGAAGGGACAGAAGGUAGAGCUGCAGAUCGUCAUUGAUGUUAUUGAAAGCAUGACUCAUGACAGUGCUGCCAUCAGAAACCUG